AAUCUACCCCUUUUGAGGCCAAAGCCUAAAUUUCACCUCCUUCGUCAGUAGUAGUAGUAGUCAGUCUUUUCUGCUUAAGCAUCUGCACCAACAACAACACACACCCAGCAGAAGAGAAAGAAAGAAAGAGAAAGAGAGUUAUCGGUUUCAUACUUUUCACUUUUGACUUGGGAAGAAAACCCAACAAAAGUUUGAUUAAGAAAAGAGAGUUUGAACUUGGGAAGAAGAGGAAGAAGAAGAAGAAGAAAUAGGGUGUUAAUCGAAGAAUGAGACUUUACCCAUUCAGAUUGGGAGCAGAAAAUACAAUUGUAUCAGUGCAGUCUAGUCUAGUGAAAGAAAGCUACGAUGGGUAAUUGCGGCACCAGAGAAGAAUCUGCAGCAGCUGCCGUUGUAACCAAUGCUCAUCAUCAAGUUCAACAGCAGCUUGAAAUUCUAUCAUCAUUACCAUCUGGUGGUGGAAAUGGAACAAAAAAUGUAGUUGCAGAGAAGAAACACAUUCGUUCAACUUCUACUACUUCAGAUCUGAGUGAUCCAUCCACCCCUAGAAUCAUUGAGGACUCGAGGAAGAAUUCCAUACUGUAUACCCAUGUGAUUGCGUUUACUCUCUUCGAGUUAGAGACCAUAACGAAAAGCUUUCGAUCCGAUUACAUUCUUGGUGAGGGUGGAUUUGGGACUGUGUAUAAGGGUUACAUUGAUGAGAAUGUCAGAGUUGGUCUCAAAUCACUUCCUGUUGCAGUCAAGGUCCUUAAUAAGGAGGGUCUUCAAGGCCAUAGAGAAUGGCUUACGGAGGUAAACUUCCUUGGGCAGUUGAGACAUCCAAAUCUGGUCAAGUUGAUUGGGUAUUGCUGUGAGGAUGAUCAUAGAUUACUUGUCUAUGAGUUCAUGUUUCGAGGAAGCCUUGAGAAUCAUCUUUUCAGAAAAACAACAUCCUCAUUAUCUUGGGACACAAGAAUGAUGAUUGCUCUUGGGGCUGCGAAAGGACUAGCUUUCCUCCAUAAUGCGGAAACACCAGUUAUAUAUAGGGACUUCAAGACCUCCAACAUAUUGUUAGACUCUGAUUAUAUGGCCAAGCUUUCUGAUUUCGGCCUUGCAAAAGCAGGGCCACAAGGCGACGAGACCCAUGUAUCAACUAGGGUCAUGGGUACUUACGGUUACGCAGCCCCAGAAUACGUGAUGACUGGGCACCUAACGGCUAGGAGCGAUGUGUAUAGCUUUGGAGUGGUUCUUGUAGAGCUAUUGACAGGAAGGAAAUCAGUUGACAAGACUCGGCCAAACAAGGAACAAAGUUUGGUGGAUUGGGCUAGGCCAAAGUUAAACGACAAGAGAAGACUUCUACAAAUAAUAGAUCCUCGGUUGGAUAAUCAGUAUUCAGUAAGGGCAGCUCAAAAGGCUUGUAGCUUGGCAUAUUAUUGUCUAAGCCAAAACCCGAAAGCAAGGCCUUUGAUGAGCGAUGUGGUGGAAACCUUAGAGCCUCUUCAAGGCAGUAGUAGCAGUAGUAACCGGGCAAAUGAAGUGGUAUCGUCCACAAUUGGGAGUCAAUUUUCCAUGGUUGGAGUUCCUCAUUACAGAAUUAAUAGGAGGUUUGUAGGAAAUGUUGUUGUUGUUUCUGGAGCUGGUUGUAGAUCGCAAAAUCCAAAUUAUUCUCGAGGAGGACCAGCUGCGUGUCGUGUUAGGUGAGAAGAAGGGAGACAAUAGAAAGAUUCUAACAAAUAACAAUGGUCUUGUUAUUGUUGAUGUUGUUGUAGUGUCGUUUGUCAAAGAAAUUUGUGUCGUUUAGACUUUUGGAUUGAUCGAUCGAUCUCUUUGCUUGUAAAUGACGAUGACGGUUAGAUUCUAUGUUCGUUUCGUCAAACUUUGUUUCAUUUUUUUUGCUUAAAUGUGACCAAUUGUUUGUUCA